AUGACUGUUACUGAUAAGGAGCAGCCAACAAUUUUACUUGCACCUAAUUUAUGCUCAAGGAUUAUUAUCCAACAACAUCAAGAAAAGUAUUUGCAUUUUUUUUGCUAUUCAUCUAUUGAAUGUUAUAUUGAGUUAUGGACUAACUUAUCACCUAAAAAAUAUUGGAUUGGAAUACCUUUCACUCAAUCAAAUAACCAUGAUUAUUAUCUUAAAGUUGAUACAACUCAUUUACCUCUUGAUGAUUAUGAGUUUACAUUAAGAUUCGCCAUUACUAAUGAUAAUCCAAAGCAAUGGUGUUGGCUUGGGAAACCAAAUGAAAACGGUAUUAUCCGUAUUGUUCAUCAUGAUAAUACGAUUCCUUAUAUUACAGCACCUACUUUUGCUGCUAUCCCUCAACUUAAAUUUGUUGCAAAGGAGCAUUUUAGCAUGACAACAACAGAUCUUUGGCAUUUUAAAACUCAGAAAUAUUCUUCUAAUAAUACAUGUUUUUCACUUGGAAGACUCAAUCACCCUAUUCAUUCCUAUAUAGCAUUCAUAAGAAAAGGAUCUACUUGGCUAACACCUGUAGCAGGAAUGGAUAAUUUUAAAGAUAGAAGUAGUACAGAAAGAUGGCAGUUAUUUUUAUAUCAAGAUAGUGAUCGAGGAAAUAUACAUUUAUGGAUGGUUACAAGCCAAAAUUCAACUUGUUGGUUAGCACCUAAUAGCACAAGUCAAGGUGAUGCUACAUUCAACUUUUACUAUAAUCCAGAAAGUGAUGAUGCUGCACAUUUAUUAAUUCUUUCUACGUCAAAGACAGAAUCAUUUGCACGACUUAUUCAAUUAGCUCUUAAAUAUUAUCAGCAUUCAAUAAAGAAGCAAGAUGAUAAUAAGACGGUGAACACUCGUAUCGAUCCUCCUAUUCUAUUAGAUCGACUAGGAUUUUGUACUUGGAAUGCAUUUGGAAAGGACGUAGAUAUGAAUAAAGUGGAUUCUGCUUUAAGUAGCUUAAAGGCAAAUCAGAUUCCUGUAGGUUAUCUACUUUUAGAUGAUGGUUGGCAGCAGGUUUCAGAUUCAAAUCAACAAUUAAUAGGUUUAGAUGCAUGUCAAAAUAAAUUUCCUGGAGGAUUGGAGUAUACAAUUCAAAGGUUAAAACAGGAUUAUACAUUCAUUCAAUAUAUUGGUGUAUGGCAUACCUUAUGGGGAUAUUGGAACGGUAUAGAUAAAUCAUUUUCAACCAAUUAUAAAGACGAAUGGUGUUCCUAUCAAGCUAUUAAGAACAAUAAUUCCUUAGAAGAAUCAAUAGGCAUUUUAAAAAAUCCAGAUGUGUUCUAUUAUGAUUUUUACAAAUUUUUAAAUCAAGUAGGUGUCGAUUUUGUAAAAGUAGAUAAUCAAGGCAGUUUUCAAGAUUUAGUCACAACGACAGAUAAGGAGAAGAUGGAUUUAUGGGAUAAAUAUAGACAAGCAAUGGUUGAAAAUGCUGAUAGAUUCCUGAAGGGUCAAGUUAUUAAUUGUAUGUCAUUAACACCACACAUCUUAUUGAACCCUGUACUUUCUGACAUAAAUAGCUCUAUUUUUCGAAAUAGUGAUGAUUUCUUUCCUAAUGAAAAGGAGAGUCAUCCAUGGCAUAUCUAUGCUAAUGCUAUCAACACAUUAUGGACUACUCAUUACCCUGCUAUUGGUGACUGGGAUAUGUUUCAAUCUGACCAUCCAUUUGCUGAAUAUCAUGCAACAAGUCGUGCUAUAUCAGGAGGGCCAAUUUAUAUUACUGAUUUACCCAACAGACAUAAUACAGAUCUCAUUUAUAAAUUACUAGGGCAAAAUAGACAUUUAGGUUAUACUAUUUUAAGAUCAGCACAAGCGCCUCAACCAACGUUUGAAACCGUUUUUAAUAACCCAAUGAGUAAUCAAUCUCUUCUUAGUUUAUACAACGUAAAUCGAGAGCAAUCAUCAUUUGGCCAGAAUCAAAAAAGACCACCAUGUUACUGGAUCCCUGAAUACGGUGUUUGUGGUUUUUGGAAUACAGGGCCUAAUAUACGUUUAGGUGUAGUGACAAAUGAUAUCUUUGGUAUAAAGAAAACCAGUAUGGCACCUACUAUAGCGUAUGUUGUUUAUGGCUCUGAUCAAGGUAAACUUAUGUAUUUGCCUCGUCAAGUAAUAGGUGAUAAAAAAUAUAAUAAUAGCUCAAGCCGAGCAAUCACAGUUAAGGUAGAUGGGUUUGGUACUAGUCUUGUAUCCAUAAGUCCUAUCCGUUCCCUUGGGUAUCUUUCUGUAGCUUGUUUGGGCCUGAUGGAUAAAUUUAACGGUACAAAGGCUAUUCUUAAAACAGAUCUUGUUAAAGCAUCUAAUAACAGUAGUUGUUAUUAUGCAAUCUACAAGGCGUGGCUAUCACAUCGGAGUGCUUCAUGUGGCUUUUGGAUUGGGAGAGAGAAGUCAGUAACGAAGCAUUGUCAUUCUCAUUUAAGAAUGAUUCCUCAACGAGUAUUUAUGGAUGGGACAUUGUUAAAUAGUACUAAAGAUUGGUCGUGGUCUGCAGAAAAUGAAUUACUGACCGUUAAUAUGAUGAACAUUUCAUUAGAUGUUUCUUCCACAGACUACUUUUAUAUUCAAAUAGAUAUUAAACUAAUAUAA